AUGUGUCCCACACGCGGACACGACAACUUAGCGAAGUGUCCGUGCUUCAUAGCUCUUAAGCAAUUCAUGAAUGAAAUCGAGAUCUUAAGACCCUUGCACCAUAGAAACCUGGUUUCACUCUACGGCCGCAGCUCUGGUGAGCAUAACGAACUCUUUCUAGUCUACGAGUACGUCCCCAAUGGCACUCUCUCUAGACAUAUUCAUGGAGGUAAAAUUGAAAAGCUACCAUGGCUUACUAGAUUGAAUAUUGCCAUAGAAACUGCAACUGCAUUGGCAUCAUAUCUUCAUGAUUCAGGUAUCAUACACCGUGAUGUAAAAGGAAGUAAUAUCCUCUUGGAUGAAAAUUUUUCUGUUAAAGUUGCAGAUUUCGGACUCUCACGGUCCCUACCAGAUUAUAUUACUCAUGUGUCAACAGCUCCAGCAGGGACAAAUGCCUAUAUGGAUCCGAAAUAUUUCCAAACAGGCAGGGUUUCCUAUAGAAGUGAUGUAUAUAGCUUUGGAGUGGUCUUGUUUGAGCUCAUAUCAUCUGAACCUGCAUUCUGGAGGGAAGUCCCACAAGGCGAGGCGGUUGGCCUUGCUAAGUUUGCAAUAAUCAAACUGUUAAAUAACACAUUGAAGGAGCUAGUAGAUCCAGAUAUUGGGUAUGAUUCAGAUAAAGAUGUAAUGGAAAUGGUAGCAGCAGUGGCAGAGUUGGCCUUUCAGUGCAUUCAGUGUCCUAAAGAGCUUAGACCUUCCAUGAAACAGGUGCUGGAGACCCUUGAGGGUAUAAAGAAGGGAACAUGGGGAUUCAACCAGAUAAUUUAG